AUGUAUGUGCUAGUGUUGUGAUUGCCUCUGGUGAGUGCAAUAAUAUCGGGAUUAUGGGGGAGAAAGAUAGGAACAAGGGGAGCAGGAAGAUUGACAUCCACUUGCAUAAUAUUGUGUUGGGGGGUGUCUUGUAUAAUAUUAUAUGAGGUGUGCUUGAAUGGGGCGGCGACAUAUAUACAAUUGUGAAAAUGAUUUGAUUUUGAAUUGUUAACGGUAAGCUUUGGACUGCAGAUAGAUGUAAUAUCUUCGGUGAUGCUGAUUGUGGUGACAAGUGUGUCGUUAUUAGUUCAUAUAUACUCCACGGGGUAUAUGAAGGGGGACCCGCAUGUGCCCCGAUUUAUGGCAUAUCUUUCAUUAUUUACCUUUUUAAUGAUUGUGUUGGUGACUAGUGACAAUUAUUUACAAUUGUUUAUCGGCUGGGAGGGAGUAGGGGUAUGUUCAUAUCUUCUUAUAAAUUUUUGAUUAACAAGGAUAAGGGCGAACCGGGCGGCGAUGAAGGCGAUGUUAGUGAAUAGAAUGGGGGACAUAGGGGUGGUGUUGGCAAUGUUGUUGAUGUAUCGAGAGUUUGGGACAUUGGAUUUUUCAACAUUAUCGGGGCUAUCUGGUACGGAUGCGCCGCAUAUGACGGCGAUCUGUUUAUUGUUGUUGAUGGGGGCAGUAGGGAAGUCAGCACAAUUAGGAUUACACACAUGACUGCCGGAUGCAAUGGAGGGACCAACCCCGGUGUCGGCAUUAAUACAUGCAGCUACAAUGGUAACUGCAGGGGUGUAUUUAAUAAUAAGGUCUGGGCCAUUGUUUGAGAAAUCUCCGAUGGCGUUAACAGUUGUAACAAUUAUCGGGGCUUUAACAGCCUUUUUUGCAGCUACAACGGGUGUAGUACAAAAUGAUUUAAAGAAAGUGGUGGCCUAUUCCACUUGUAGCCAAUUGGGGUAUAUGGUAAUGGUUUGCGGUAUAUCCGGGUACUCAACUAGUUUAUUCCAUCUAAUGAAUCAUGCAUUUUUUAAGGCUUUAUUGUUUUUAAGUGCGGGUUCAGCAAUACACGCCAUAGGGGACGAACAAGAUAUGCGAAAAAUGGGGGGAUUACUAAGGGCGAUUCCAAUUACAUAUGUGUCUAUUUUGAUAGGGUCGAUGUCAUUAAUGGGUUUCCCAUAUUUAACGGGGUUUUAUUCUAAAGAUUUGAUACUGGAGUUGAUAUAUGGGAGAUAUUAUAUAGCGUUUGCAUAUUGAUUGGGGAGUGUGUCCGCACUGUUGACCGCAUUCUAUUCAAUGAGGUUGGUGUAUUUAACAUUUAUGACAGAGACAAAUGCAAGACAAGGGUCUUGAGAUAAUGUGCGAGAGUCUUCUAGAGCAAUCACCGUGCCCUUAUGUAUAUUGGCAUUAGGUAGUAUAUUUGUAGGGUAUAUAGGUAAAGAAUUUGUAUUAUCAAAUGUAAUGUCGCCGAUAGUUGCCAAUGGUGUGAAAAUGAUACCAUUAUUAUUUAGUUUGUUGGGGGGCUCAUUGGCAUUAUUUUUAUAUGUAGUGGUGGCACCAAGGGGGACGAUCUGAUUGCAGGGAUUGCCAAUAUACCCCUUUUUUAAUUCCGCCUGGCAGUUCAACCAUGUAGUAAACCAUUAUGUAAUCAAAAAUGUGUUUAAAUUCGGCCAUAAGGUGACGUACAAGGUGAUCGAUAGGGGGUUGCUGGAGAUCGUGGGGCCGGAGGGUGUGUCUAAAAUAUGUAUAAGAUUGUCUCAAAAGAUAAGCAAUUUACAAUCGGGUUUAAUAUUUCAUUAUGCGCUAACGAUGAUAUCAUUUGUGGUGGGAUUUUUAUAUGCGACUGCAUAA